ACGCGUCUUUGAUUCGUGUUUUUAUCAUAAGCGUAAUUGUGUUCAGACCCGAGGAUCACGUCGUUCAGCCGAUACUGAUCACGUGAAUCUGGCAAGUCGGGAAACUCAAGGCAGUGACUGUCAGUGUGACGUGAAAAUACCCUGAUGCACUUGCAUGAAAUCGAAAACAAGGAACCAUGGGAGAAAAAUCUGAUGGAGAAGCGGAAGAUAGCCUGCUUGAACAGAUUCGAAUUCUUGAAAAACAAAAAAGCGACUUAGAGAGAAAAAGGAAGGAAAAAGAUCAAACAGAGAAGAAAAAUCGUGAACGCCAUCAUUUACAGCAGAAACUCCGCGAACUGCAAGGGGAGGUAACUGCUUUACAGGACCCAUCUCCAAGUAAGAGCAGGAGUUCUUACAGUGGGGAGGAAAAUAGAAGGGCUGAUCUGCCUUCCGUCAACGAGAGUCAAGACCGGAUUAAGGCUUUGCAAAGACAGUUCCUUGACCCUUCACCUUCUGCUGGGUCAUCAAAGUCAAGGAGGUCAAGGGGUGACUACUCCGAUGAGACUUCUGAUGAUGAUGUUGACGAUGUUAUGAGUGGGCGACACAAACAGGCCAUCCAGCUGAACAGAGACAUCCUAGUGGAAAACAUGAUGUCAGACGAUAUCUUCAACGACCUGAUCGCCAACAAGAUCCUCACAACAGCUGAUGUGAGUCGCAUCAAAGAGAAGAACACCCGAGAGGCCAUCAACGAGGAACUACUAAACAGCUUGGUACGCAAGUCAGACAGGGCGUUCUACGUGUUUGUGAAAGCUCUGCGGAAGACCUUGCAGGAGUACCUGGCUAACAGGAUUGAUCCCAUCUCAAGUGCUAAGAAAAAAAAGAGAAAAAGACAAACAGGGGAGCUGAACGUGAACGUGGACUGCGACGAGGUGACUCCACUCAACAAACGCCAGCAGACCUGCACAUGCCAGGAGGUUGAGGAACAGAUUCUCAUCAUGGCCAAAACAGCGUUCCGGAACAUCCGGCGGAGGGAUGACACGCCUGCAGCAUUCGAACAGUUCCGCAAAGAACUACGAGAAACAAAUACUGUGAUUAAAGAUUCCAUGGAAAUAAUGCACACACUGAAAAUCUUGUGUCGUCAUGGUGAUAUGACAAAUGUGUCUCACGGCAGUAUUCGGUUCACAUUGAUCUGCUCGUCAGUGUUUGUUGUGAAGGACCUGUGGAAGAAAUACAUGUCCGGGGAACUGCUGAGGAUAUUUCAGAACGGACUUGUGACAAGCACAUUGCGGAGAAGGUGUCAUGCGAAAUCUAUACGACUGUGUGUCAGGAUUGCAGAAGAGGAAUAUGUUCAGUGUCUCAGUGAUUUGGAGAUUCCAUCUUCCUGUCAGGUUCUGUGUGAGAGACCAAGGACGAAGAAGUUGCGGACAUCAACUGUCAGAACUCUGCGGUCGAGAGGUCUGGGUCUGCCCUCGGAGAACAUCCCAUGCAAGAAGCUGUGUCUGUCUGCAGGAUCCGGCCAACAACGCCGGGCCUUCAGAGAACUUCAAGCCAACCAGUCUGUGAUGUCAUCAGGCAGGGUGGACAAGAUGGAAUCUCCCACAAUGCCAUUCUAUGAUCUCCGGAAUAGAACACACCAAAUGUACUCAUGAUACCUAUAUUCUUUUCAAAAAAGAAAACAAGAAUUAAUUUUAUUAAAGUAGUGUUCCAUUUACAAUAACCAUUUUAGAAAGAGAAUAAUGUUUUUGCAUGUCAUCUUCGUAAUUUGUAUAAUAUGGGCAAACAGUUUCUAUUUCGACACAAUCUCAUUAAAUUAAAAUCAGAUCUUUUACUCGAUGCAUUUUUUUCUCUGUGAAGAUCUGCGGAACCCCCAAUAGGUGCUUGCUUCAGGGAAAUUUCUAAUCAGUCAAUAAGCUUUCUGGCUUCUUUAGUCUCAGUACAAGCAAGUGAAGCGUUCAGAGCAGCAUAAUCUGAUUUCUGUGUCUUGAAAUUCAACAUAAGCAGUCAGUUCUGAAUGGAAAAUGAUGUAUUGGCUUUGAAAUGAAUAAGGAAUCAUAGUGUGAUUCAUAACCAUACCUGGGGAUUCAGAAGUUUGUAAUCUCAAUGAAACGGAAGGAGGCAAACUACUACAUGUUCUAGAUUAUUAUUAUUAUGCAGCACCUGGAGAAAUGACAUUCACAUGGUAUGAAGAUAGAUCAAAAGUAAUCUUUUUGUUCCAAACAGCACACCUCAACAUCUUUGCCAGUGCCUUUUGGCCUGUUGUCAACAUCUAGAUUGAAUACUGGGCAUGAAAAAUAUAUUUUUACAUUUCACUGUCAUACCAUAUGACAUGCUAUGUGGUGUAUUAGUCUAGGGUUUAGGCAUUCAGUCGUUAUGUCGAUGGCCCGGGAAUAUAAAAACCAUACUCACUUACAAGCUCUCCAAAUGUCUUCAUCUAUUGUUUUGUAUUGAUACCAUACUCUUUGUAUAUCCAAAUGCACCAAUGCUUUGUUGAAUUGUUACUCUCCUGAAUGUAAAUUGUCACUUGUUUUUUUUUUUGUUUACUGUGUGUGUUAAAGUAUUACUAUUUAUUUUGAUGAAAUGUAGUUUAGCAUGUAAGUGGUUCCAUAUAUCUAGACUCACUCUGUUUACCUACCACUGAUCUAUUCCAGAUACGCCUCAAGUUUAAACUGUUAAAUGAUCUGUACCACUGCUGAAAUAAGCCUUUAUGGAUGUUAAAAUGAUCUGUACCACUGCUGAAAUAGGCCUUUAUGGAUGUUAAAAUGAUCUGUACCACUGCUGAAAUAAGCCUUUAUGGAUGUUAAAAUGAUCUGUACCACUGCUGAAAUAGGCCUUUAUGGAUGUUAAAAUGAUCUGUACCACUGCUGAAAUAAGCCUUUAUGGAUGUUAAAAUGAUCUGUACCACUGCUGAAAUAGGCCUUUAUGGAUGUUAAAAUGAUCUGUACCACUGCUGAAAUAGGCCUUUAUAAAUGUUAAAAUGAUCUGUAAAUCUGCUGAAAUAGGCCUUUAUGGAUGUUAAAAUGAUCCGUACCACUGCUGAAAUGGGCCUUUAUGGAUGUUAAAUUAUCGGUACAUCUGCUGAAAAAUGGUCUUUAUGAAGCAAUAGUGAACUUCACUAUUAUGUAUUAUGAUACUUCAUUCAUGAUAUCUUGUAAAUCAGUAAAAAAUGCAAAAUUAUUUGUAAUUUUGCAGUUAGGGAAAACCUUUAAAAUGACUUGUUUUACAGAUAGGAAGAUAUCUAACAUAUCAUACACUAGUACACACUGAUGCUGAAUGAAGUGUAUAGAGGAGUUGUAUGCAUACUUGUAGUUGAUGUGUUUCAGCUUACAUGGACAUCAGUAGUUUUUUUCUGUUUCUAAGGUGAACAUAUUUCAAACAUCACGAGACAGUUUUGUAAAAUUGUGUAGGUGUUUUAUACUUCGCAUUGUAAGGACUUUGUUGUGAUUAGUUGGCUUACACAUUUUCUCAUCUAAGUAAACCUCAGCAUUUUCAUGGGAAGAACCCCACUCACUACUCAUACACACGGUUUGUAUAAACGUGUUCAUCUUCACUACAUUGUGAGCUUUGAAAAUUGACUGGUUGUUGAGCAUGUGUUGAUUGUCUGGCUAUGUGCUAAUGGGAUAUGUGUACACAGGAAAUAUUUCCUUGGCACAUUCCUGAUAUGGAAGGUCCGCUGAUUCUUAAACCAGUUAAUACAAAAUAAAGUGCCUUGUAAUGAAACCAAUUAUUUUUCAGGUAUUAUAUUAAAAUAUUUAGGAUUAAUAGGUCACCAUAUGUUUUUUACCUGUGAAUUGUACAUUGACAGACUUAUUUUAUUAUAUAAAGCUUAACGAGAUGUU